CCCACCAGCUGCCCAACACAAUGGAGGAUUAUUUUGAUUAUUGGAAAACGGUUGAGAACGCAACUCACUGACUUUAUUACAUCAAAUAUCUCCAUUUGUCAUCAUAAUAACCCAGAUAAAUACGUGAAUCAUUAUUUAAAGACUUAUUUUUAUCAAAUAAUUACUCCAGACAAAAUGGAGGCUUUGAUACCCGUUGUUAAUAAACUCCAGGAUGUUUUUAAUACAAUUGGAGCUGAUGUAAUACAACUACCACAAAUUGUUGUCCUAGGCACUCAGAGUUCAGGAAAGUCAUCAGUUAUUGAGAGUCUUGUUGGUAGAUCAUUUUUACCAAGAGGUACUGGUAUUGUAACAAGACGUCCAUUAGUAUUACAAUUGGUAUAUACACCAAAAGAUGAUCGUGAAUAUCGUUGUGCUGAAAAUGGUACACUUGAUUGUGAUGAAUGGGGUGUAUUUUUACAUGCUAAAAAUCGUGUAUUUAAAAAUUUUGAUGAAAUACGUCGUGAAAUUGAGGAUGAAACAACACGUAUGGCUGGUGGAAAUAAAGGAAUAUGUCCAGAGCCAAUAAAUUUAAAAAUAUAUUCAUCAAGUGUUGUUAAUGUAACACUUGUUGAUUUACCAGGUAUAACAAAAGUACCAGUUGGUGAUCAACCAGAAGAUAUUGAAGCACAAAUACGUAGUCUUGUAUUAAAAUAUAUAUGUAAUCCAAAUUCAAUAAUAUUAGCUGUUUGUACAGCAAAUACUGAUAUGGCAACAAGUGAAAGUUUAAAAUUUAGUAAAGAUGUUGAUCCAGAUGGACGUAGAACACUUGCUGUUGUAACUAAAAUGGAUUUAAUGGAUGCUGGUACUGAUGCUAUUGAUAUAUUAUGUGGACGUGUUAUACCAGUUAAACUUGGUAUUAUUGGUGUUGUUAAUCGUUCACAACAAGAUAUUAUGAAUAAUAAAACAAUUCAUGAAGCAUUAAAAGAUGAAUCAGCAUUUUUACAACGUAAAUAUCCAACACUUGCUAAUAGAAAUGGUACACCAUAUCUUGCUAAAACAUUAAAUCGUUUAUUGAUGCAUCAUAUUAGAGAUUGUUUACCAGAAUUAAAAACACGUGUUAAUGUUAUGGUAUCACAAUAUCAAACAUUAAUGAAUUCAUAUGGUGAUGAUGUAUCAGAUAAAAGUCAAACAUUAUUACAAAUAAUAACAAAAUUUGCAAGUAGUUAUUGUUCAACAAUUGAAGGUACUGCUAGAAAUAUUGAAACAACUGAAUUAUGUGGUGGUGCACGUAUUUGUUAUAUAUUUCAUGAAACAUUUGGUAGAGCAUUAGAUUCAAUACAUCCACUUUCUGGUUUAGCUAAAAUGGAUAUUUUAACAGCAAUUAGAAAUGCAACUGGACCAAGACCAGCUUUAUUUGUUCCUGAAGUAUCAUUUGAAUUAUUAGUUAAACGACAAAUACGUAGACUUGAAGAACCAUCAUUACGUUGUGUUGAAUUGGUACAUGAAGAAAUGCAAGGUAUUAUACAACAUUGUGGUACUGAAGUACAUCAAGAAAUGUUACGUUUUCCAAAAUUAUAUGAAAGAAUUGUUGAUGUUGUUACACAUUUAUUACGUCGUAGAUUACCAACAACAAAUUCAAUGGUUGAAAAUCUUGUACAAAUUGAACUUGCAUAUAUUAAUACAAAACAUCCUGAUUUUCAUAAAGAUGCUGCAUUUGUAUCAUCAAUGUUAAAAUGUGAAGAUGAUACUGCUAGAAAUCGUAAACGACAAACAUCAUCAACAACAACAAUCAAUGGAAAUAUAUCUGUUAAUCAUGAUGCACAUGGUAAAUUAAUGAAUAAUAAUAAAGAUGAAAUACCAAUAACAAAUGAACAACAAAAUAAAGAUCAACAAAGUCAUUGGAUUUUAAGCAAUUUACUGCCACAAGGAAAAAAUGAUUCAUCAAGUACAACUGAUAAUUCACCAGUUAGACAACGUGAUGGUGCAAUAUCACCUUAUCAAAAUAAUAAUAAUAAUAAUAGCAAUGAAAAUAAUAAUGGUAUAACAAAAUCAACAAAUUCACAAACAACAAGAGGUGUUAAUUUAUUAUCAGAAAUUCCAUCAAUUCAAGGUACACGUAAAUUAAGUGAACGUGAACAACGUGAUUGUGAUGUCAUUGAAAGACUCAUUAAAUCAUAUUUUUAUAUUGUUCGUAAAUCAAUUCAAGACAGUGUACCAAAAGCUGUUAUGCAUUUUCUUGUUAAUUAUGUUAAAGAUAAUUUACAAAGUGAACUUGUUACGCAUUUAUAUAAAUCUGAUCAUGCUGAAUCACUUUUAAAUGAAAGUGAACAUAUUGCUGUUAGACGUAAGGAAGCUGCAGACAUGUUGAAGGCACUUACACAAGCUGGACACAUCAUAAGUGAAAUUAGAGAAACGCACAUGUGGUAGUAAUGUUAGAAUUAAUUUAUCAACUCCUGUUGUCUCUGUUUUUUAUUAUUUUUUUUUCUUUUUUAUUGUUGGCACUAGUCAAUUGCCAUGUAUUAUUGUCAUAUAAUACUAAAAAAAAAAAAAAAAUACACACAUUGCAUCUCUAAAUUAAUUCAUAAGAAAAAACAAUUGAUUGUAAUGUUUUUUUUUUUUAAUCUUAAAUCUUUGAUUUAGAAAUAAUAAAAUAAAAUAAAUAAGAUAAAGAAUAAAAAAAAUUAUAAUCACGUAUCAAAUUUAAUUUUAAUUUAUAUCAAAGAUUUAAAAAGAAAAAAAAAAGAACAACCAACAAACAAAAAUGUAUCAUGAUUAUAAUUGUUGCAUUUUUUUUUUCUUUAUUUUCCCUUCCUGUCAAUGUUUUCAGUCAUUCGAAGUCGUGGUAAAUAAAGAUAAUUAAAUAAAAAUAAUACUCAAUCAAUUAUCAUUGUUGCAUUAUAAAAUUAAUUCAUUAAAUUAUUGUGUUCAUUUAUUUUAUGUAAGUGUAUAUUUUUGCAUGAUGAGGGAUAAAAAAAAAAAAA